AUGGCGUCCUCGCGGCUCAAACGGAAGAUCGAAACGGCGGACGAAGGGCAGUACGGCAACCUGAGCGAGAGUUUCGUCUCAGUGGGGACGGCGCUCCCUGCGUUGACGGAGAACAAGAAGGACAAGAACGAGUUCAAGCCGGUGUGGCAGCAGGAAGUCUACGAUGAUCAAGGCAGACGACGGUUUCAUGGCGCUUUCACCGGAGGGUUCUCUGCCGGCUACUUCAACACCGUCGGAUCCAAAGAAGGAUGGACGCCCUCGACUUUCAAGUCGUCUCGCUCAAACAGGGCUUCGCAGAACCAGCGAAGCGUCUUGGAUGCCGCGAAAGAGUUCAUGGACGACGAGGACCUCGCGGAACUCGCUUCCUCCCGAACGCUCGAAACCAGCUCGACCUACGCCUCUUCCGCCCGCGCUCCCGCUCCUCCUCCGCCUGCCUAUGACCCCCUCCUCGGCAACUUCGCCGGCCUCGAAGGUACCGCCGCGCCUGCUCCCAAUUUCGACGAAACCCUCGCCUCGCUCAUCCAGCCCUCUUCGUCUCGCAUCGGCCUCAAACUCAUGCGCAAGAUGGGUUGGCGAGACGGACAAGGAGUCGGGCCGCGCGUGACGUAUCAGCAGCGGAAACGGCAGGCUGCAGACAUCGGCGUCAAGCUGGACGAUGAGGAUGAAGCGGGCGGAGAGGCGGAGAAGCACCUGUAUGCGCCGCUCGAUCGACCGCUCACGCUUGUCAAGGGCACGAGCGCGUCGAUGGACAAGGGAUGGGGACUUGGUUAUCAGCCGGGGAUGAACUUGCAGCAGCAGUUGCGGAGCGAGGGGGGAUACGCGGGGCAGGCUUCGGGGCGGCAGACGGUGUAUGAGCUGGAUGUCGACGAUGUGUACGGCGGAGUCGGCACGAGCAUGGAUGCGCUCGGUGACAGGCAGAAGCGCGCGCUGGGCGUGUACGACGGCGAAGACGACGCGGACUUUGGGACGAUUCAACCUUCGAGAGGCGCAAGAACGCGUGAGCAGCCGAAGAAGCGAGGCGGGCCGCUGCAGGAGUUCCACGACGGGACCAAAGUCCUGCCCGGCUUCGUCCUUCAGACUGAGCCCCUCGUUGGACCUUCCCUAUCCCAGCUACCGCCGCAGCCGCCUCCUGGCUGGCAGCCGAAUCCUUCUCGCCUGUGGAAGGAGAAUCAGCCGCCGGCGACCGAUGCGAAGGGAAAGGGGAGACAGCUCGACGCGGACGAGCGAGGAUCGCUCCUUGGCGAGCAACUGCCGCCGCCCGUUCCGAAGUCCGUCUUCGACUAUCUCUCCGCCAAGAGCCGCGAACGACUCGCCGCCGUGACAGGCGCGGCACCGAGUACAUCCGCCUCUGCUACACCCGAUGCUCCCCCUCCUCCGCCUGAACCCGAUGCGCAGCUCUUCGUGCCGCCUAUCGACCGCCCUACCGCCUCGGCCGCUCUGCGAGGUUUCCAGCCGUACUCGGCUGCUUCGACUUCCCCCGAUCCGAUCAAGCAGGCGCGGUAUACCCUUUACCUCCAGUACCAAUCCUCCGGUGAGGCGUCGACGACCUCAUCACCCUUCGGGCCUCGACAGCUGCCGAAUGGCAAGAUGCAGAGCGUCGCCGAGCUCAACCGCGAGCUCUCCGAGUACGCUCAGGCGGCCACGGUCUUCAAGCCUGUCUCGGGCAUGCUCGGAAACCGUUUCCAGUCGAGCAAGACUGCCGCGCUCGAUGUUCCGAAGGUCGAGCCAGGCCUCUACCAACCUCCACCGAAGUCAACUGCCGCUCCGUCAACUUCCGACCUCGCUGCGACGUACGGCGACGCAUCCGCCUCUCCACCAAAGCCGCCUGAACUCGCACCUACUCCCGCGCAGCAAGCCGCUCGAGCGGGCAACUUUGGCCCUCUCACACGCACCUCUACGCCUUUCCGUCCCGCUCGCCUCCUCUGCAAGCGCUUUGGCGUUCGCGACCCUUACGAGAACGCCGAAGUCGAAGAGAAUGGCGUCGGAGGGAAGUGGGGCGAGGCGACGAGCAGUGGCUGGGGCACGGGCAACGCACAGACGAGUCAGCCGAUCGGCCGGUCGGCCCUGGACGAGAUGAUGCAGAGCGCGGGCUUUAAGCGGUUUCAGGAGGCGUCGAAGGAGGUUGAGGCGGACGCGCCGGAGGUUGUUAAGGGCGUCUUCGAGACUCCAGCUGAAGGAUCGACCGUCUCUGCGCCGAAAACCAAGCCGAAGGUGCGGCCGACACUUGAGACGGUCGGCUACGGCGACGACGAAUCGCAGGGUCAGGAGAUCGUCGACGAGCAGAAGGCGCCGCCCGAUAUCUUUGCCGCUAUUUUCGCUGACUCUGACGACGAGGACGAGUCUGAUGACGAGGCGGAGCCAGCGGUGAGCGCGACAUCUGCUCCUGCGCCGGCCACGACCGUUCUGUCGGUCGACAAGGUCGAAACGCCUGCUGCUGCUCCGACCGCCGCACCUGCUCCCGCCCCUCCCUCCGAACAGUCCCCUACGACUCUCUCGCUCGACACCAUCGCCACCUACAAGCCAACCUUUGCGCCAUCCACGUCCCGCACCACCUCAUCCUCGAAGCCCGAAAAGAAGAAGAAGGCGAAGCGAAAAUCGGGCGCGCUGAGCUUUGCGAUGGACGAAAACGGCGAUGACGGCGAUACUUCGCUGUCAUCCAGCAAGAAGUCGAAGCGGGACAAGGACGAGCGGGAUCGGAAGCGACGACGGGAUGGGGGCGAACGCGAGGAGAGUCGACGAAGCAGCGACAAGCGACGGCAGGACGAGUCAGGGACCAAGGUGGCUGCGGAAGAGGAGGACGAGUGGGCCGAGGCGCCGUCGCAGGUCCACCCGGAUGUCCUGGCUGCGAUGCAGAAGACGUCGCCGGCGGCUGUCUCCCGCCCACUCGCGGAAGAAAGCAAGGUGCCGAAGACUCGGCCAAGAGCAGCCGACCUGUACUGA